AUGCAAAAUGUGAAAAGGGCUAAAGAGUUUAGGAAAUUAGGUUACCUCGAAGUUUCCGAAAGAGCUCAUGCCUUGUCGAGACUUUUGAAGCUUGCUCAGACUCAACAUUUUUCACGUGAAAUGCAUGAUAUUCAAGAGUCAAAUCAAGUUUCAAAGAUAAGCAAAUUGUACUCUCUUAAUCCAUUUUUAGAUGCGCAGAGACUUCUCAGAGUGGGCGGCCGCUUGGUUAACGCUCCGGUACCAUUUGAGCAGAAGCAUCCUAUCAUUUUGUCGCCAAGCAAUCCAUUAACUAUUCUUAUAAUUUCUAAUGAACAUUUAAAAUUAAUGCACGGUGAAUGUCAAGCGGUUAUGGGUUCUUUGAGAAAUCAAUACUGGCCCAUCUCCUGUAAGAACACCAGAAAAAAUGUACUUAGAAAAUGCGUCACGUGUUUCAGGGCUCGCCCUAUAGGCACUGAGUAUAUAAUGGGAAAUUUGCCAGAGUCACGUGUCACCCCGAAAUGUGCAUUUUGUACUUGCGGAGUUGACGGUGCUGGGACGUUUCAAAUAAAGGGCGCUGUACGUUCUAAGGUUACUCGUAAGGCUUACAUGUGUAUCUUCGUGUGUUUUGUAACUAAGGCCGUACAUAUUGAGCUUGCUAAGGAUUUGAGUACAGACGGCUUUUUAACUUGUUUACGUCGGUUUGUUUCUCGCCAUGGUAAAUGUCAACAUAUUUACUCCGACAACGGUGCCAAUUUUGUCGGAGCACGCAAUCGACUGAACGAAUUAAGCAGGCUACUUGAGGACCGCGAUUUUGAAAGAAAUGUAACCGAUUUUUUAGCACAGGAUCAAAUUUCUUGGCAUUUGAUUCCUCCUAAUGCACCUCAUUUCGGAGGGCUUUGGGAAAGUGCCGUUAAAUCUGCGCAAAAACAUGUUACUCGGGUGAUAGGAGAAACGCGACUCACGUAUGAGAAAUUAUACAUGGUAUUAACGCAAGUAGAGGCUUGA